AUGAACUGUAGUCAGACAAAUAUAGCUCAAGAAAAAAUUUGCAAAAAAAUACUUGAGCAAGACAAUUACUAUGCAAUUUUAGGAGUAAAGCCUGCCUGCCCCAAAGAAGAGAUCAAAAAGGCUUACAAAAAACUUGCAUUGCAAUUGCAUCCUGAUAAAAAUCAAUCCCCAAAAGCUGAUGAAGCUUUUAAACUGCUAAAUACCCUUUGUUUAUUAAAAACCCCACUAACAAAAAUUUGUUAUUAAAAAAUAUUUCGAUACAUAUGUGAUAAUAAUUAUUAUAAUGAAAUCUCUAGCUAAUUCUGUUUAAUAUUAAACAGCUUGCAUCUUAAAACAUAAAUUCGCAAAUUAAAUUAAUUUUUAAUUCUCAAUUUUGGCUAAAAUGGAUUUUUUUAUGUUUGAAAAAAAAUAUUAAUAAUUUAUCUUUAUGAAAAAACAAAAACUUUUUUUUGCUCACUAGCAGGAUUAAGUAAAGCAUUUUCAUGCUUAAGUGACGAGGAAAAACGCAAAAAUUAUAACCUUACUGGCGUUGACAGCCAUAAAGACAUCAAUAGCUCUCCAGAAGAAUCUUCCGAUUUUGAUGAAUAUUUUCAAGAUAUUUUCUCUGAUUACUUUUCAAAGGAAAAAACAUAUAAUUUCCAAAGACGAACACAGAAACGAAUUAAUUGAAAGCCUAUAAUCCAGAUUCUCCCAAUUAUAAUUUUAGUUAUAUUUUCUUUAUUUUCAGCAGUUUCACCUAAAUCUCCUCAAAUGUUUUCAUUGAUUCCUUCACAAAAGUUUAGAGUUUCCGCAAUAACAAGCAAAAAUCAUAUUAAUUAUUGAAUAGACCCUGAUAUAGCGUCUGAAUCGCUAUAGUUUGCCUUGGCGAGGAUUCUCCACAGUGACUUGGAGCUCUGAGGAGCCUCUUACAGGCGACAAGUCAACUCCAAAUUGGCAAGAGUGCGCCCUUUUGCAAGGAUUUGCCAACUUGAAGUUGGCUUGUCACCUUUAGGUGGCUUGUCAGAGCUCCAAGUUGCUGCGGAGAACCCUCGCCAAGGCAAACUAUAGCGAUUCAGACGCUAUACUUUUAAAGAAAUAGCAUUGCAGCAACGGUAUAAUAUUGAAAAACUUGUGGAAUUAAAUUAUAUGGAAAACUUGAAGCAAGAAUGUGAAGCUCAGCAGUCUUCCAAAAUAUAUUUUUCUCAGAAUACCAACAAAGGUAAUAAUAAUCGUUAUUUAAAUAACGGAAAUUUAAAUUCCUGCAAGAAAUAUUACGAAAUGGCAAGAUAG